ACAGAACGACGAAAUCAGUUAUAGCAUAGUCUACGCUACCUCCAGAAAUUAAAAAUGAGGGAAAUUGUUCAUCUUCAAGCCGGCCAGUGCGGAAACCAGAUUGGUGCCAAGUUUUGGGAGGUGAUCAGUGAUGAGCACGGUAUUGACCCAACUGGUACAUACCACGGUGACAGUGACCUGCAGCUGGACAGGAUCAAUGUCUACUACAAUGAAGCCUCAGGUGGUAAAUAUGUGCCCCGUGCUGUGCUGGUUGAUCUGGAGCCAGGCACCAUGGACUCUGUGAGGUCUGGACCUUUUGGCCAGGUCUUCAGACCAGACAACUUUGUGUUCGGUCAGAGCGGGGCUGGCAACAACUGGGCUAAGGGUCACUACACAGAAGGCGCAGAGCUGGUGGACUCUGUCCUGGAUGUGGUGAGGAAAGAGGCUGAGAGCUGCGACUGCCUCCAGGGCUUCCAGCUUACACACUCCCUGGGUGGUGGCACAGGCUCCGGUAUGGGCACCCUGCUCAUCAGCAAGAUCCGUGAAGAGUACCCUGACCGCAUCAUGAACACCUUCAGUGUGGUGCCUUCCCCCAAAGUAUCAGACACAGUCGUUGAGCCUUACAACGCCACGUUAUCAGUCCACCAGCUUGUAGAAAACACAGACGAGACCUACUGCAUCGAUAAUGAAGCCCUGUACGAUAUCUGUUUCCGUACCCUCAAACUCACAACCCCCUCAUACGGUGACCUCAACCACUUGGUCUCUGCAACCAUGAGCGGCGUCACCACCUGCCUCAGGUUUCCUGGACAGCUCAACGCUGACCUGCGUAAGCUCGCUGUAAACAUGGUGCCAUUCCCCCGUCUGCACUUCUUCAUGCCUGGCUUCGCUCCCCUCACAAGCCGAGGCAGCCAGCAGUACAGAUCGCUAACCGUGCCAGAGCUGACCCAGCAGAUGUUCGACGCCAAGAACAUGAUGGCCGCCUGUGACCCACGUCAUGGUCGCUACCUGACAGUGGCCGCCAUCUUCCGUGGUCGCAUGUCCAUGAAGGAGGUGGACGAGCAAAUGCUGAACGUGCAGAACAAGAACAGCAGCUACUUCGUUGAGUGGAUCCCCAACAACGUCAAGACCGCCGUCUGUGACAUUCCUCCCCGUGGCCUCAAGAUGGCCGCCACAUUCAUCGGCAACAGCACAGCCAUCCAGGAGCUGUUCAAGCGCAUCUCUGAGCAGUUCACAGCCAUGUUCAGGCGCAAAGCUUUCCUCCACUGGUACACUGGCGAAGGCAUGGAUGAGAUGGAGUUCACUGAGGCAGAGAGCAACAUGAACGACCUGGUGUCCGAGUACCAGCAGUACCAGGAUGCCACUGCCGAGGAGGAGGGCGAGUUUGAAGAGGAGGGAGAGGAGGAGCUGGCCUAAAUGUAUCACUUUUCCAAAGCUCUGCUGUCAAAGCAUUGCAGUCUAAUGUAAUGUUCUAAGUCCUUUCCAGUUUGCAGUGUUCUGUCUGCAAUGAAAUGUAAUGUUCUAAGUUCUUCCAGUUUUCAGUGUUCUGUCUGCUGUUCAUGUUAAUAAAAGUUCUUCUGCAUAUAA